GGUCAGUAACUAGUAAACCUCAUCCUCUCCCCUUUUGAUUUUUCCUCCCUCCAUUGCAGUCACUGCUCUGGCCCCACGGCCACAGGAAAAGGCAGUACACAACUGGCUGUCCCGCACUGCAUUUAAGGCCAACUCCUCCACUACCUCACUCACGGGACAACAGAAGCCCUCCAUCAAGAGAACAGCAAAGAUCCAGUGCAGAAAGAGAGAAAGCAAGAAACUCUAUGACACACUGAACAUAGGAGAGGGCUGGAAGAGGAAGAAGCGGUCCCAAUCUCACUCUCUCCCACAAUGGAAGAGGGCAAACUGAUCUUGCUCUCAAGGGCAUGGGCAGCGGCAUCGCUCCUGCUGCUGCUGCUCCUCCAGGGGAGAGGAGGCCACUGCAUCAGCCAGGGCAUGGAGAUGGAGAUGGAGAUGGAGAUGGACUCAGAGGCUCACCGGAGGCAGCUCUGGGAGGCGACCACCGGCAGGAGGUACAUCAGCUACGACGCCCUGAGGGGCGACGUCGUGCCGUGCUCGAGGCCCGGGGUGCCGUACUACAACUGCAGGAUCACGACCACCGCCAACCCCUACAACAGGGGGUGCGAGAGCAUCACCAUGUGCAGGGAUGCGGCAGAUCCCUAGAUUCUUGGAAUGGAAGGGGCUACGUGCAAUGUAUGGCUUCUUCAAGUGUAAUCUUUCUCUAUUAUCUUAUUUUUUUUCCUUUUCUCUUUUCUUGGUCUUUCCUCCUUCGCUGGAAUAUUAGUAAGUGUUGUAAGGAAGGAUUAAUGGAUAAGCUUCAUGUUUUUCACCUCA